CUUCUCCCGACUCUUUUCCUAUCCCCACCACCCCGUCUUCCCCACACUCUGCUCUCAGAUUCCAUCCCCUAUCUAACCUUCUUCUCUAUCUGCAAUUUUAUUUAUUAUACCUUUUUUUUUUUUUUUUAAUUUUCAUUUCAUCGUCGUAUCCUUAGAAGAGAAGAAUCGGCGAGGGGGGUGUGGGAUUGAUUGUUUGGUUGCGUUGGUGGUGUUCUCGUCCGGUCAACGACGAGAACAUUGCCGACGACGAUGAUGAUGAUGUUUCAGAGGCUAAUCUAUUACCUGUCGGAGCAGCCGUCGAUCGUAGGGUUCCGAUGGAGCCAUAGCCAAUCAUGGGGGAAUACCUGGUCCUUCGUGUUCACCUCCAUCGCCGCAUAUGUCGGAAUUUCCCUCGUGCUCCAUCUAUUUCUUCUCCUAUUAUUCCGCCACCGCCGGCCGUUGCCGCUGGGGCCAAUUCCGGCGCUCCACUCCCUCGCCAUGGCGCUAAUUUCGCUAACAAUCUUCGCCGGAAUCCUCCUCUCCACGGCGGCGGAGAUCCGCGAUACGCGCUGGUUCUGGCGCCGCUCGAAAACCACGCCGUUCCAGUGGCUCCUCUGUUUUCCCUUAGGCACGCGCCCCUCCGGGCGCGUGUUCUUCUGGUCAUACGCGUUUUACCUCUCCCGUUUCCUCCAUACUCUCCGGACGUUCUUCACGAUUCUCCGGCGCCGGCGACUCUCGGCGUUCCAGCUCUUCAACCACUCCAUCCUCAUCUUCAUGUCCUUCCUCUGGCUCGAAUUCUCGCAGUCCUUCCAGGUCCUCGCCAUUCUCCUAACAACCUCCGUUUAUUCCGUGGUUUACGGGUACCGUUUCUGGACCGCGAUUGGGCUCCCCAGCGCGUGCUUCCCAUUCGUCAUCAAUUGCCAGAUUGUCCUCCUCGGCUGCAACCUCCUCUGCCACGUCGGAGUUCUCCUCCUUCAUUUCAUCAAAGGCGGCUGCAAUGGCAUCGGCGCGUGGCUCUUCAACUCCGUCCUUAACGCCGCUAUCCUCUUGUUGUUCCUCAAUUUCUACCUCAAGAUGCAUCUCCCCAAGAGAAGAAACUCAAUCGCCAUUAAUGGCCACUUCCUCUCCGUCAAAGACAAGGAUGUUUAAUUUGACCGCCAUCGCCAUCGCCACCGCCGACAUUUUCUUGUGUUUCCAGUUUUAUUUUCAUUGGAAACUGUAAAUUAUGUUCGCCAUGGGGUUACAUCAUUACAGUAAUCUGUAAAUCCUUUCCUGCCCCUAUAUAUAUAUAUUAGUUCUUUAAUUAAGAUCAAAAUAGAACAUAAUUAUUGUAAAAAUUACAGCUUACUCUUGUAAUCCAACUUGAUUAUCAUCAGUAGGUAUGAUAAAGUAUCUAAAUUAGGGAAUUCA